AUGGACGACGACUGGGCCACCAGUACCAGCCACAACCUGGCCAGCCAACACCCUCAAAACGCUGGGUUCCAAGGCAUGUUCGUGGGCAUCAGUGACCCCCUCCCCACCAGCAACAUUCGCCGAGGCGUGCUUCUCGAUGUCUACGACUACGAGGAAGCCAUGAAGGACCUGGACGCCAAAGACCGUGACCUGCGCGCUGCGCUGGCGGCAGACGAAUGGAUCGACGACUGGGAAGACGAAGACGAAGGCGGAAGUUACCAUGUCUGGCGCGACGACGACCCCGACCGCAACUCUCGCCACCGAGGCAGCCGCAUGCUCGAGCAGGCCAACGAGACGGUCAAGGUCCUCCGCAACUAUGCCUGGCCGUUCUGCCAUGAGUUUGGCCUGGCCGAGUUCGCCCAGUGGAUCGCUUGCCAGGAGGGCAUGUUCCACGAGGCCCCCAACUCGGCGUUCACGUUCCUCACGGCGAUGCGCACCCGCUUCAAGCGCGACGUGGACGAGUACGCUGCUGAGCAGUCCCGCCGUCUCAAGGAAGUCGGUAAGAAGAACCAGGGCAGCAAGAGCAGCCAUGCGCCGUCCGCCGGUCAAAACAGCGAGGGCCUGUUCCGCCCCAGCAACGUCUUCAAGCACAUCCCCGAGAGCAGCGAGAAGACCGACAAGCAGACCAUCCUCACGAUGCGCGAGCGUUGUGCCGCAGGUGCUCUUCUUCGCUUCACCGAGAGCCAGGACAAGUGGGACAAGGAGGACCAGUGA